GUGGUUGGAUCAACAAAGUAACACUUAUCGCGUCUCUCCUUACGCCUCCUGCACUUUUUGAGUUAUUGCAAGCCUCUGUCCCAAGGGAGGCUGCAGAUCUGCCACGUUCUAGGCCUUGCUGCUCAGAUCCAUAACCAUGUCCAAACACUCACGACCUCAGGAUAGCUCCGUCUUAGGGGAGUCAUGGGUUAUCGCGCCGGCACAGUUUGUGAAGGAGCCUUCAGCCAACAAGAACAACAACAAUCAUCAGACUGAGGCUUCCGACACAACACCGCGCCCGACCAAGAGCCACCAUGAGAAUCUGGGGGAAUCGAUAUCCGCCUCGUGCGAGUCCAUAUCGGGACCAGAUCUUAUCAUGCCGUCAAUAUAUGAAGCUCCGAUCUGCGAGGGCUCCUGGGUCGCACCAACUGCAUCUCCGCCACGCGCUCUCCGACGCAGACACCAAGCAUCGUCCCCAUCACCAACCAGAAGCUCGACGCAGGGUCCUUCGGCUGUAGCGACAGAAAGCGCGCCGCCCAUAGUCGCACAGCAUGAAACCAUCAAUCGUCGCCCUCUCUUCACUCCUCCCGGUCGUGGGUUCAUUCUGCGCAUAUUGCUGAACGUGCUUCUCAUCGCUGGCAUCAGCCACCUGCUCAUCCUCCCCGAAGUCGUCCAACAACACCAAUCCCUCUGCUCCCUCCCGGCCCUGGCAACGCUCUACCCGGUCAGCUGCAUCCCUCUCUACCUCAAGCCCAACCACAUCAACAGCAACAACAAGCCCGCCUCAAUCUCAACCCAGACCCCCCUCGAGACACUCCUCAACAACACCCUCCAAACCAUGGCCCCGCACAGCACGACCCUCAAACACACCGAAUCCAAACUGCGUGACAUCCACCAACUCCUCAAGAAACAGUACCCGGGGAGCAAGCACGAGCUGGACCUGGAAUUCUCCGGCUGCCUGGAAGCCACCCGCACGGCCACCCGGCGCUUCGACUCAUUGCACGCCGACCUCCGAUCGGCAGUGGACAGCUUGAUCGCCGCGCGGGGCAGCGGCAACAGCAACGGCAGCGGUCGCGGCUCGGCGGCGCCGGCGGCGGCGACGACCGCCAACACCUCACCGGACGCGCGUCUCUCCACCACGCAGCUCACGCGCCGGGAACAGUACGUCGAUCAACUGACGUCGCGUAUGCAAACCAAGGCCGACUCGCUGCUGGGGGACUUCGCCACCCUAGACGAUCACUUGGAGUCCAUCGCCGGUGUGGUCAAGCGGGAGACCAAUCGACUGGCGGCCCGAAGGGGAAAUGAUGAUCCUCAUCUCCAGGGUCCAGGGUCGUCGGGGCUCAAAGGCAUGGUCGGCGCAUUGUUUGGGGGUGGCAGUAGUGCGCGGUCGCAACCCCACACCAACACCAACACCAAGAAUCAUGGGGAUGAUGAUAGCAAUAACCAGCACCACCACCACCACGAUGGCCAAGAUCAUCACUCCCCCCAACCGCCCGCAUCAAGCUCCUCCCACCACUAUCAUGGGUACCCGCAACUCCCCACCAUCUUCCAAGAGGCAGCGACCCGCCAUCAACCGGUUAUGGACGUGAUCAAGAAGCUAUCGGACGGGUUACAGCGUCUCCAGAAUAAGAAAGGGGGGAUGUUUCACUCUUGAGUGUGGGUUAAGGAUGGCGUGGACGUGAAUGAGUCUUUCUCUCAACCGCAACCGCAGAAAGUAAGACAUGUGUACGUCAUACCACGGUCCUCCAUACCCGGGCAUGCAUUUUUGAUAUCACGAUCGACAUGAGAAAAACCGAGAGCAAAACUCGACAAGAAAAAACCUG